GCCACUCCUGCUGGGUAUCCCACAGGGGUCCCCGGGCGGAGGACAGGAGCACCCAGCUGGAGUUGAAACCAGAGACAGUGACACCAUGGAGGCCUCUUGGGGAUGGCUCGUGGUCUGUGUGCUGGCCAUAUCCCUGUACUCUACGAUGACUCAGGACGUGUGCCAAGCACCAAACGGCAAGGACGGAGCUGCAGGAAAACCCGGCCGACCCGGGCGGCCAGGCCUCAAGGGGGAACGAGGGGAGCCGGGCACCCCUGGCAUCCGGACAGGCAUCCAAGGCCUUAAAGGAGACCAGGGGGAACCUGGGCAUCCUGGUAAGUCUGGCAACAUGGGCUACCCAGGGCCCAGUGGCCCUCCGGGAGGACACGGCCUCCCGGGAUUGAAGGGCGUCAAGGGAAACCCGGGAAACAUGAAUGACCAGCCAUGGCCAGCCUUCUCAGCCGUCAGGCGGAACCCCCCGAUGGGCGGCAACGUGGUCAUCUUCGACACAGUCAUCACCAACCAGGAAGGGCGAUACCAGAGCCACUCAGGCCAGUUCCUCUGCACAGUGCCUGGCUACUAUUACUUCACCUUCCAGGUGGUGUCCAAGUGGGACAUCUGCCUGUCCAUCGUCUCCUCCUCAAAGAUCCUGGCCCAGCGCUCCCUGGGCUUCUGUGACACCAACAACAAGGGGAUCUUCCAGGUGGUAUCGGGGGGCACGGUGCUGCAGCUGCAACGUGGCGACCAGGUCUGGAUUGAAAAAGACCCCAGGGGCCGCAUUUACCAGGGCACCGAGGCCGAUAGCGUCUUCAGCGGCUUCCUCAUCUUCCCGUCCACCUGAGCCAGGGAAGGGUCCCCUCCCCAGCCGGGCCCUAUCCCCUCCCCCGUGUGUCCCACUCUCUCACCCCUCUGGCUUCUACGCUCUGCUCUGUACAAUGCGGUUGCUGUUGCUAUGGCCGCCUGGAGGGAGGGCCUGGCUCCGAGCGCCCCUAGGACUGGCUGAGGACUGGCUGUCCCUCUGCGCUCUCUA